GAGCAAAAUGUUGUGUUUUGCAUCGAAAUCAACGUUUGCGUGGUAAAAAUUUCUGAUGAUAGUACAUAAUCCUCUGGCAAGAUAAUGGCCGCCACUAUCAAGUGGCGAUCGUUACUUUGCGAUUACAAUCAACUGCAGCUAAAGGCCACCCUACUAGGAGGACAGAGCUUCCGCUGGAAAAAUUUUAAACCUACCGCAUUGGACCAGCAUGAAACCGAAUUCAUUGGCGUGUUUGCCAACAUCGUGUGGGUGUUACGACAAACGGAGCGCGAGCUACAGUACCGUAUCGUCGGUGAGCAGCCGUACCCGAACAAAGCGAACAGAGACGUAACAAAAUCACCCAUCCCCGAGCCGCAGCAGCCCCCGGGCAAUGUGCGAAACCUUGCCGAAGUGCGCUUGAAGGUGGCCGAACCGUCCGAGUAUGCCACCGGGGGAGAGUUGUUGUAUCCGGCCAGCUAUUACGAACAGCUGCUGCGCAUCUACUUCCGCCUAGACGUAGACCUCGAGCAGCAGUACCAGCAAUGGAUCCAGUGCCACGAACACUUUGCCACCAGUGCGGCCAAAUUCUAUGCCGUCCGGCAGCUGGAUCAGGAUCCGGUGGAGAAUCUGUUCUGCUUCAUCUGUUCGCAGAACAAUAACAUCGCACGCAUCUCGGACAUGGUGGAAAAGCUUUGCCGCAACUAUGGGGAGAAAAUCUGCGAACACGAAGGUACCUGCUACUACAAUUUCCCAUCGGUGAGCUCGCUCGCUGACCCCACAGUAGAGGGGCAGCUGCGCGAGCUCGGCUUCGGCUACCGGGCCAAAUACAUUCAACGGUCGGCGGAGAAAAUUCUUCAGCUCGGCGAUCUGGAAUGGUUCCGGCAGCUCUGCCAGCUUGAUUACAAAGCGGCUCACAAGGAGCUGGUGUCGCUGCCCGGCAUCGGGCCGAAGGUGGCCGACUGCAUCUGUCUUAUGUCGCUGGGGCACCUGCAGGCCAUACCGGUCGAUACGCACGUGUUUCAGCUAGCGAAACAUUACCUGCCGGCGCUGAACAUAUCGAAGAACGUGACCGAUCGGCAGUACGUCACGGUGGCGGACAAGUUUCGCGAGGUUUAUGGGCCUUACGCGGGCUGGGCCCAGACGGUGCUGUUCUGUUCCGAUCUGCGCCAGUUUCGCGAACGUACCAAGCGCAACGGGAAGCGUGAGAAUUCUUCCAAGCUGAAGAAAAAGCGCAAAAAGAAAGGCUAAAGAAUGGGCAAGAUGAUACGUUUAAAAAUGACACUUGUUUUAUUGAAUA